GUGAUUAAGUAAUUUACUAGUAUAUCGUAAAAUAGAUGAUAACUAUAAUUUUCUAAUUUUUUCUCAAAGUUUGAAAUUGCCAAAGUAAACGUUUCUCAUUCAAUGCAACCCUUUGAACAUUUACACAUGACCCUUCUUGUCCUUGACAAUGUAUAACUCAGGCUUAUCCCUUAAAAAGUAUUGUGUUCUGAAAACAAGAAUUAUUGUUGCUUUGUGUACCAUGAUACUUAAGUAAUGUCACCCACAUGGAUGCCUGAACUAAUAUCCCAGCUUAUUAACAUGUACAGGAAGUGCAAACCAGGAAAAUAUUGUUUGUAACAGGAGAAUUCAACUAUCAUCAAGUAUCGUUAAGUAUAUCAAUGUCAAAAAGUAUGCUUAAGGACUUUUUUAUUUUCUAAAAAUUAUCCAGUUUUUAUAGCUUAAAAGUUUGUGAUAAAAACAAUCUGUGUUUGAAUCCAGAACCUGAAGCACAUAUUUAGGACGAACCUAAAGCGGUUUAACGUACGUCGUCUCCACCAGCUAAGAACACGGAUAACAGACCAAAAACUGUCCGUCAACGGGUUACCACACCCAGAAAGUACCGUCAACCCCCCUUCAACAAUCAAUCCAGAACUGCUGCACAAACUGCUCCUACAAUGGCUGGUUGAAGAAAUCAACAUAAAUGUACACAAAUUAUUCACGAGAGACUGAGAGGACAUCCGUACAUUGGAAACCCACUAGCGUUGAGACGUCGCACUGUAGAUAUUGUUAUGCCCCUUGAAUUUAGGAGCUAUGAAAAUUAUAUCAACCUGACUUUUCAAUAUUUCGCAAAUUUUUAUCACAACACACUCUAAAACUGUUGAUUCUAGGAAUAUCAAAGAUCAACAUAUUUUUCCAAGAUGGUUGAUGGAAUACCCAUUAUUUCUCAGGCAAAGUCUCUUGUGCAAUAUAUGUCUGGCGAUUCCGAGGGGGCAAAAAAGACUCAAGACAAUUUUACGAAGCAGUGUCUUAUAGUUUCCCAGCUUCGAUCUGCAGUAGAAAUAUGUAAUGGUGAUGUAGAAGCUGCAAAAGAAACUCAGAGUGAAUUUGUUAAAAAUAUGAGCGGUUUAGCUGAUGCAUUUCCCGUUGUUGGUCAUGUCAAAGGUGUCGUACACUACGCCGCAGGAGACAGAGAAGGCGGAGAUAAUGCUAUGAAAUCUGCGUCUCGCACUACUGGAGCAAUAAUAGGUGGUGCAGUUGGUUCCUUAGCUGGGCCCGCUGGGGCUUAUGCAGGAGGAGUUGCAGGUGCGGUAACCAUGGAUGCAAUAAUAACUGGAGCAGAUUCUGCUAUCCAUGGUGAGGAUAGAUUACAUGGAUCUAUUAGCCAAUUUGAGGAACUAAGGAAAAAUCCUAGUAAUGCUGGGAAAUGGUUUGAUGUGGUAGCUUCAACAGGAUUUGAUGCUCUUGUUGGAGGAUACGCAGGCACAAAAGUGUGUAAUUCAAUAAAAAAUGCUAAAACAAAAUGUGCCAAUUCUAAGACUCAAUCCCCUGUUAAAAGUCUCCUUCAGGAUCAAAAAGCUCAUGAAGUAUUUGAUGGUCACAAUAAACAAGUAGGAAACAAUUGCACGCUGCGAGAUCAGGCGAAUGCUGAAACCAUAAAGAAUCAUUUUAAUGCAGAAAAAACGUCCAAGUUCCAUAAAAAUGUUCCAAACACGAAGCCGUCAUUAAAUCCAAAUCCAAAGAAAUGUCAAACUCCUCCAAGUAAUCAAGGCUCUGGCAAACACUCCAGAUACAAUACUGCUGCAAAGUUGUUUGGAACUAGUGCUGCAUUUUCACUGCCGUCAUUAUCAUUGAAAAAUAAUUUCAAUGUGAAUUUCAUUGUCAAGAAAAAAGAAGUUAAUGGGAUGGGACUGAAGGAGAUGGGAGUGGUGUGUUUUGCAGCAUUUUGUGCUUUCAACAGUAAAAGAGUUAUGUUACGUUUGAAACGGUACAAAUAGACAGGUGCCGUGUAUAUUGGAACCACCACGCUAUGAAGCAGAUCAAUACAGGACAAAUGAGCUAAAUGCAAAUAGGUUAUAUUUUUGUAUUUGUACAAUGUGAGAAAGUCAGAAUAAUAUUUUUCAUCUGUUCAUAAUUUAUUUUAAAAAAGAGGUGAAAAAUGUUUAAUUGUAAGAUAUGUAAAUGUAAAAAUGAUCUUAACCAAGGAAGACAUUAUGUGAUUUGUGUUAUGCAAGUUUAUAUAAAUGGUUUAUGACAAAAAUAAGGAUUUAAAUUUGUAUAUUUUGGAAGUUGUUAAAGGUUUAUGAUCAAUAACAGGGGAAUAACAGGAAACAUUUAAAAAAAACUAUUUUAGUAUAUGUAAGACAAAGAAAAAAAUUACCCUUCCUGCUCUCCUUAACCACCUCAGGAUGACGUUCCCCACCUAAGCCAAUAUUAUAAAGUUACAACUGAAUUGUGUACUCUUUCUUUUUACAUGUUAAAUUCUGCUUUUUGUUUUGUAUAAAGAAAGCUAAAAAUUCAUGUUUUACAGCAAUUUUAAGCAAACAUUAGUUAAUAUAUAAUUUGUGUUGUGUUAUUAUCAUACAUGUAUGUAUGAAAUAUUCUAUAUGCGUAAAGAACAAUUGUCAAUUUAGUUGGUAACUUUUGAUGCUAAUUUUAAGUACACGUUUUGAAUAUUGAUCAGAUCAAGAACUUUAUUUUGAUCAAUAAAAAUUUUACAAGAAAUAUCAUCCUCUGAUGCUUUGAAAUCAUUUAAUGCAUACUGUUAUAUCUAAAAAUGCAUGGUUUUCACUACGAAGAUCCGAUUCCAAAGUAAAGGUUAAACUGAAGCUAGUUGUAUGUACUUCUAGCACGGGAUUCAAAUCAGUGUGUAUAUAUGUAAUUAAAGGGUUCAUUUUUAUGGUUUUUUUUUCGGUUUUUUUUUUUUGGAUUUACAAAAUGUUUAGCGGUUAGUACUAUCCAUUAAUUCCAUACAUUAUCAUGACAAUGAGCACACAUGGGGCGUGGCUGGUCGACAGGGGAUGCUCACUCUCCAUGGCACCUCUCAUGCCGCUAAUGUUUUGAAGGUCUUGUUUGCUCUGCUUUAAUUUUGUACUGUUUUCUGGACUUUAAUAUUGGACACUUUUUUUUCAUUUCGAUAUGUUUAUUAAACACAGUAAUUAGAAAAUAAAGAUAGAUAAUUUUAUGACAUGGGCUAUUUAUUUUUUCGCAGAUUCUGUAUUUUUCAAAUACUAGACUCUGCUUUUAAUGCUUGCUGUAAGCUAUUAUUGAUUCUUAUGUAAAUAUUUCUUAAAUUCGCACUCUGUGUCCAUUCUAAUUUAAACCCAAGAUUUUUGAAUGCCUUUUAUCAUUACUUUUAUUCCUGAUUCAUAUAUUUUACAAUGUCAUGUAACGUUAGUUUAUGAAUUAAAAUUUU